UCAACACGGGAUUCUGUUAUAAAACCACAGGAUAAAGAUGAAAUAAAUGUCUGCUGUCAAUGAUGUAUAGAUUUGUGUUACAGAAAUCUGUCACAGUGACAGGUGUUAGUGGAUGUAUUCACAUUUCCCGUGUAUCAUCAGACCGGGUCUGGAUCAUUGAUAGAGACAAUCUCAUCUUGUCAAACACAGCAGGGGAUAAACUACAUCAUCUGACAGGUAUAGAUAGUGAUUAUGGAGGACACACUGUGAACAAUGACGGUGAUUUAAUUUAUAUAGACAGUGAGUAUAAUGUCAACAAACUGUCUACAGAUAAAACCCUAAAGACUACAUUAAUAAAGUACAACACAGCACCAUGGUAUCCACUGUGUGUCUACAGCUCCCCCUCCACUGGAGAUCUGUUGGUCGGGAUGUAUAAUACUGAUACAUGGCCAUAUACAGGCAAGGUAGUGCGGUAUAACUCCACAGGAGAACACAUCCAGACCAUACAGUACAACAACAACACAGGUCAGGGACUGUAUAGAGAUCCUAUCUACAUCACAGAGAACCACAAUGGAGAUGUUAUUGUGUCUGACUUUCUCCGUAAUGCUGUAGUGGUGACAGAUCGUGGUGGAAAUCAUCACUUCUCCUACACAGGACCUCCAUCAGGAUCAGAACUAUGGCCACGUGGAAUCUGUACUGACGCGCUGUCACACAUCCUGGUGUGUGAUCUAUACACCAAGUCAGUACAGAUGUUAGACAGUGACGGUAACUUCCUGUCACAGAUACAGACAUCACCACACGGGAUAGACAGACCAUGGAGCCUGAGUUAUGAUGAUACCACACAACUACUGUGGGUAGGGUCAGACUACAACAACACAGUCAACAUAUACAGAGUGUUACACGGGGACUCUCUGACCGGACUCACUCUGGAGGACAUCAAAUGUAAAAAGCAUCCCAGAAAUCCCCUGGACCAGUUCUGUAUCCAUUGUGGUGUUCAUUUGUGUGUUGAGUGUAUCAGCUCGGAGGAUCACAGCAGACAUGACCUUAAUGAUAUAGAGGACUUGUUUGACAACAUUCACAAGAUAAAAGAUGGAGAUACACUUUUGAUGUCCCUUCUUCUUUCCAAUUCCUACAAAAUAAACAUGAAAGAAGGAAACUGGAUGAACAAAUAUAAUGCUGUUGCCAAUAGUUUUCAUUCCAUGGAAAUCACAAAGCCAUUUGCUCUUACAGAAUUAGAAAAAUACAAACCAAUUCUGAAACUCAAUGAAUUAGAAAUCAGUUUUUCAACUGAGCUCUUCAAACAUAUCAGUUUCUUGAAAUUUUCAACGAAUUCAAAAUUUCUGGAUAUUUUCUUGACUUGGGCAGAAAAAGAAAACAUUGCUGAAUACUGUAGAUCAUGGAAUUAUCGAAGAAGAGAGGAUGAAGUGUGCUGUUGGUUAUUGCCAGAGGAAACUGAGGAGUUUUUAAAAAGACUUGGAGAAGAUAUUUUCACGCACCCAACAAUGGAGGACCAGUCAUUUCAUGAAGCCGUAUUUAGAAAAUUCGGCAUACCAAUUCAGGUAAUAAUGAGGGGAGACAAAUCUGUGAAAAAUUUCAUUGAGAAUCUUAAGAGAGGGAAGACAACCAUGUACCAUGCCUCUGGGAUGAUAAUAGGGUGUGCUGGUAGUGGAAAAACAACAUUGUUAGAGAGACUGAAGGGCAUUGACUUGGAAGAAAUAAAGAAAAAUAUCAGUUCAACCAGGGGAGUCGAUAUCCACUCGGAUGUCUUUGAUGUGACAGAUAGCAUCCAAGUGAAUUCUUCAAGCCAGAAACAACGCUUUAAACUUAGACUUGAUAAAAAAGAUCUGCAACAGAGUAUCCCUGAAUAUCAUUCAGAGAAUGCAGCUGAUGAUGGGGAAAUGCAGGAAAAGAUGGAACCAGCAUCUUAUAAGGACAAUAAGUUUGAAGCAUCAAACAGUGGACAAAUAUCACAUGGUGAAACCAACAUUAAAACUACCUCAUCCUAUGAACCACAAGGGGCCAUAUCACCAGAAAAUUUAGUAGAAAUUAUGAAGGAAAGAAAAGAUAUUCCACAUAGUUCAGAAAUUUCUGGAAAUUUGCAAAUAGAGGCAAAAAACAUUUCAGAUCCAGAAAAAAAAAUUACCAUGUCUGACUUUGCGGGACAGUGCGCCUAUUAUGCCUCACACCAGAUUUUUCUGAGUCCACGGGCAUUCUUUAUUCUGGUGCUCAAUAUGGAGAAAAGGUUUGAUGAUCAAGUCGGAGAAGAAGUAUGUAGCCAGGAAGGCUCCAUUUACAAGGGAUGGACAAACAGAGAUUAUCUUGAAUUCUGGAUGAAGUCCAUUCACCAGUACAGCAGUGAUAAGGCCCCAGUCAUUCUGGUUGGUACACACAGUGAGAACAGAACAGAAGAGGAAAAGGAAUUGUUUUUCCGUGAAGUAUGGAAGACUUUAGACAUGAAGAAGUCUUUGCAAAAACAUAUUGAUGUGAAGCGGCGAUUUGCAGUUGGAUUCCAUGACAGUGAAAGCAUUGAAAAACUCAAGCUGUCCAUUGCUGAUGUUGUGUGCAGGCUUGAUCACUGGGGUGAGGAGCUUCCACAGUCAUGGGCUAUGUUUGAAACGUUCUUUCGGGAAAAGAAAAUCCGCAAGAUUUUGAGUAGGGAUGAAAUUCAGUUGUUCAAUGAAACAUUGCCAGAGGGAAUAAAGCUCCAAACUAUUGAAGAUAUGAGUGCCAUGCUGCAGUUCUUCCAUGAUAUCAGAGAAAUUAUACACUUCAAUCAACAAUUCCUCAAUGAAGCUAUUAUUCUCGAUGUUCAGUGGUUUGCAGAUGCAUUUAAAAAUGUCAUAACAGAUAAAAACCACGCAAAAGAGGAUUUAUUCGAAUUUGCGUCAGAAUGGGACAAAUUUAAUGAAACUGGAGAGUUAGAUGAAACUCUCCUAUCUGUUAUAUGGAGAAUGAACAACAAUGGUUACAUCGAGCAUAAAGAAGACAUCUUGCUAUACAUGGAGAAGCUAGGACUCUUAGCAAAAAUGAGUGACAAAAAGUGGUAUGUCCCCUGCAUGAACAAGAUGCAAUUCCCAGUAGACUGUUUUUCAUCAUACCCUGCCUCCUCCAUCCUCUGCUACAGGUUUGAUGUUCUUCCUGCUGGAAUUUUCCAUCGCCUUGUAGCAACGUGCAUGCAGAUUCCUUGGGAGAUUUUUUCAGAUGAGGACCGAGGAUGCAUUUACCAGACUGCGGCGAUUUUUGAGUUUCAAGACCAGCACCAUAUUAUUAUGCUUGGAAUGACUCAAACAGAUAUUCAAUUGCAAGUGUUUGUUUUGGAAGGAGAAGUUGAUGUUUUAGUAUGUCACCAGAUUAGAGAAAGAAUUGAGGGUAUUUUGCAAAAUCUUUCCAACACAUUCGAGAAAAACACCGAAUUUCAUGUUGCUUUCAAAUGCAAACCUGUAGGAUUUUGUGACAGCAAAGAAAGUGCUGUCAUAAAUGAAUCCAAGUUUACAAGAGCAACUUUUAAUUGUCCGUCCUGCCCAGCAAUGGAAAAGCAUGUAAUAAACUCAAACGCUAUAACAAAAUAUUGGAAACAGAUACAACCGAGUAAUCCUAGCACUUUGACUGCUUGUGCACAAGACCUGGGGGACCAAUCUAGAUUUGCAAAACUUGGAAUGGCAACAAACGACGUAUUAAAUCAGGCAUAUAGAGACAUACUAGAAAUGGAGGUUCACCCUUCCUUUAUCUAUAACAAAGUGAAAGCAACACCAAAUUUUCACAAAAGAUUGCGCCCGGAACAAGAACAACUCUUGAUAGAUGCUAAUCAUUCGGGAUAUAAGAAUUUUGAUAUUUCAUUAACAUACACAUUGAUCAGAAACAUUUGUAAAAUGAUUCCUUUACCAACCAAAGGAAAAUGGGGAGAUGAGCCUGCAGCAGGAGAGUUCACAGUUGGUGAUGAUAUUGAGAGAAUUAGGUCAAUCCGAAACAGUUUGACAGCACAUGUGAGCUCAGCCUCCACCCCUCAGACAGAAUUCGAUGACACCUGGUCAAAGAUGUCAGAUAUCUGCCAAAGACUGGAAACCUUCACUGGAAAGAAGUACCUGGACAGCCUUAAAAAAAUUCAAAAUUUGGCAUUGAAAGAGGAAGAUGCUAUUAUGGAGAUCUUGCGUUCUCUCGUUUCAGAUGUGCAAAAAAUUAAAAGAACAUUGAAAGUUAAAAGUUAGGAGGAUACGAAUUAGGAUGUUUCUUGUAACAUGUAGGGUGAAAUAUUUGAAAUAUCACAUUGUAGAAAUUGAAAAGACGUACUUGCUUAACCUUGCUGAUAUUCAAAAAAUUACCACAAGAAAGGAAAUUGAAGAUGCUGUUAUAGAAAUAGAAAGGAUUAUAAAAUGGAAAGUCAUCAUGAAAUGGUGAAGACAAUACUAUCACAUGUGCAAGAAAUUAAAACAGCAGUAAUGAAGCUUGAAAGCAAGGACGCUACAAAUUAGGAGUACAUGUAUUACUCAUAGGAUGUAUGGAGUAAUUUUUUAAAUAACUAGAUGAAUUUUGUAUAACAUUAAACUAGUCUGAACUCAUAUUCAAAAAGCAAUGAUUUUGUUUGUAGGAUUUGUAUACCUAGAGUUAUUGACAAACAAGUUGAUGAAACAAGGAUAUCAACAGUCUUGUUUAAAGUCAUCAUUUUGCAAUCUCUACGGUCAACACAAUGACCUUGUCAACAAAUACAAUCUAUCAUUAAGUCGAAUGCUGACUGACGACACUUUUCAUAAUGAUUUUAGGCCAUUGUUUAAACAAACACUGAAUUGUCUAUGAAUUUUUCCAUUUGCCCAAUCAUGACAAUGAACACAUGGCGGGUGUGACUGGUCGACGGGGGAUGCUUACUCCUCCAUGGCACCUGAUUUCACCUCUGAUGUUUUUCAGACAUCAGUGUUU